CAACAGCAAGUUCUAACCCUUAAAAUUGCGCAUUAUUGUGUGUCAGUCUUAGGCAAAGACUGGAUUUAGUAAGUUAGUGACUUGUUUAUCUAAAUACAGAGUUCAGAAGUAAGGUCUGAGUUGAUUCUGGCGUUGCAGUAUCAGUUUUGAGUGAAAAUUACCACAAGAAGUGCAUCACACACCCCCCCCCCCCCCCCCCACCCCUCCACAUUGUCAACCUGGAGACUGCGCAGAGUGUAUUAGAGAGGGGGGGCAUGAGCAAGCACAACUGAGAGAGUUCAGAGAAGUGCAGGACGUCCCGUUAAGGAGGAAAAAAAUAUAUGAGGAGGAGCAGAGGCUUUUCAAGCUGACGAGCUGAAAGAGCUCAGAUCAAACAGUAUCCAACUGCAAGAUAGGCUUAACGGAGAAAAAUGGGCUUUUCGACGAUAUUUAGUUGUCGUCGGGUAGUCCUCAAAGUGUUUCUGGUUCACUUCAUAGCCCUUCAAGCUGCAAAUGCUCGCCCUUCUCCCAUUAUCAGGUUUCCCGGAGACGACUCCCCCAAAACAGACAAAGAAGUUGCCCUGCACUAUCUGAAUAAGUUCUAUGGAUGCCCACAAGACAGAUGCAACCUUAUGGUGCUCAAAGACACCCUCAAGAAAAUGCAAAAGUUCUUCGCUCUGCAAGAAACUGGGGAGAUUGAUGCCAAAACUGUGGAGAUCAUGAAAAAGCCCCGCUGUGGCGUCCCAGAUGUUGCCAAUUACAACUUCUUCCACAGGAAACCCAUGUGGCAGAAGAAAGACAUCACCUACAGAAUCCUGGGUUACUCUCCUGACCUGGAUGAGGAAGUCAUCAAUGACGCUUUCUUCAGAGCCUUUAAAGUUUGGAGUGAUGUCACACCUCUCUCUUUCAAACGCAUCAUGGACGGAGAGGCCGACAUCAUGAUAAAUUUUGGUCGCAACGAGCAUGGAGAUGGCUAUCCAUUUGAUGGCAAGGAUGGCCUAUUGGCUCAUGCCUUUGCUCCAGGGCCAGGAAUUGGUGGAGACUCCCACUUUGAUGAUGAUGAGCAGUGGACUUUGGGAGAGGGCCAAGUUGUGAAGGCGAAGUUUGGAAAUGCCGAUGGAGAGUUCUGUAAAUUCCCCUUCCUGUUCAUGGGCACCGAAUACGACAGCUGUACAUCUCAGGGCCGCGACGAUGGCUUCCUGUGGUGCUCUACCACCUACAACUUUGAUGACGAUGGCAAAUAUGGCUUCUGCCCUCACGAAUUACUCUUCACCCUGGGUGGGAACGGCGAGGGUGCCCCGUGUAAAUUCCCAUUCACCUUUCAGGGGACUAAGUAUGACAGCUGCACCACUGAGGGCAGAGAUGACGGUUACCGUUGGUGUGCUACAACUGAAGACUAUGACCGUGACAAAUCCUUCGGUUUCUGCCCCGAAACUGCAAUGUCAACAGUGGGUGGAAAUGCAGAGGGAAGCCCCUGUGUUUUUCCCUUCACCUUCCUGGGAGACAGCUAUGAUUCCUGCACCACCUCCGGACGCAGUGACGGCAAAAUGUGGUGCGGUACCACAAAGAGCUAUGAUGAUGACCGCAAAUGGGGAUUCUGUCCUGACCAAGGCUACAGUCUCUUCCUGGUGGCCGCCCAUGAGUUUGGCCAUGCUUUAGGCUUGGAGCACUCUCAGGACACUGGAGCACUGAUGGCUCCCGUUUACACUUUUACCAAAGACUUCAGACUCUCUCAUGACGACAUUCAAGGCAUCCAAGAGCUCUAUGGUGUGCCGACAGACAAGCCUUUGCCUCCAACUCAGGGUCCUGUGACCCCAAUGGACAUCUGUAAAGAGCCAGUUGUCUUUGAUGCUGUUGCACAAAUCAGAGGAGAGACCUUUUUCUUCAAAGACAGGUUCCUAUUCAGGUCAGUCAACUUCCGAAGCAAGCCCAGUGGCCCUAUGCUAGUGGCCACCUACUGGCCUGACCUGCCUGCACAGAUUGAUGCUGCCUAUGAAAACCCCGUGGAGGAGAAAACUGUCUUUUUCGCAGGCAACAAGAUUUGGAUUUACAAAGCAGAUCAGCUGGAGAGAGGCUACCCAAAGAAGCUCUCCAGCCUUGACCUGCCCACUGACCUGUCACGAAUCGACGCUGCCUUUAACUUCGGGAAGAACAGGAAGACCUACCUGUUUGCUGGGGACAAAUUCUGGAGAUAUGAUGAAAACAGUCAGAGAAUGGACCCUGGCUUUCCCAAACUUAUUGCUGAUUCCUGGAAUGGCAUCCCAGAUGGCAUCGACUCUGCCUUCAGUCUGACUGACAUUGAUUACAGCUAUUUCUUCAAAGGAAACCACUAUUUCAAACUAGAAGACAGCAGCUUGAAGAUCGUCAAGCUGGGUGAAAUCACAAAGGACUGGCUUGGUUGCUGAGCAUCGGAUGAAAUGUUUUCCAACAGGUAAUGAAGGUCUCGUCUCAAGAGGACGUCAUCAUUGUAUCGCACACAACUCGAGGUUGCUGCAGUGCACACUGUUCUAGGUUUUUAUGCUGGCUACUCAGCAUGCUUCAAUGGGACACAUGUCCGCCAGCCUGUAUAACCAAUCUCCGGCUGUGUAGAAUGGUACAACGUGACCUUCUGCUCAGGCCGGCUAUUUGCUUUAUUUCUGUGUCGAUUGUCAUUUCAUUUCCUAUGUUUAUAAAGUACUAUGAAGAUAUGUAACCGAUCAUUCAUUGUUUUUUUACUAUGUUUUUUAAUCAUUUUUUAAAAAGUCUGACAUCGGGUAUGUCCACACUGCCUUGAGCACAGUACUAUAAUGUGCUGUGAGAUAUUGCUGAUUUAUAAAAAUUUGAUUCUAAAGACUGUUUUACACCAUGUGAGGAUGUUGGCUGUGGCUUUGAUGUAUUUUCAUUGUAAAAAGUCUAGCUACACAAAUGUAUCCAUUUUGAUUAUUUUCUCAUUGUUGUGCAAUACAUUUGAAACAAAGAAAAAACGACUUUGCACAAUGUGACCGAAAAUGGUGCUUUUAGAGAUUGCUUUUUGCAUAUAGUCAUACAUGUAUUCCCUAUGUUUUAUAUUAUGUGUAACUAUGUCUGAUAGGACUACUUAGUAUCCUCUGGAGGUUGGAAAGUAGUAUUUGCAGGCAUUCAUUUUUCUUCGUUUGGUUAGCUCUUUGUAUAUGAGUAUACAAGGGAACUGCACCAUAAGGAGACAAGAUAUUGCCAUAGCAACUCCAUGUUGCACUGCCCUUUACUAAUGGUACAGAUUACUGGCACAGGUUGCCUGCAGGGGUUAGGUCUGCUGGAUGAUGGAAUCAUGACAAGAAUACUGCAGUAGCAUUGUUUACUGGUGUUUUAUAUAUAUAAAGUUUUCUAUCUUGAGUUUUAACAAUAUAGUCAUUAUGUCUUGUGUUGUUUUUAAUGCUUGUGCACUUUGUUACUGUCAUCAAUAAAGAUGAUCAAUAUAA